AUGACCACUAUUGCGUCAGAAUACUCUUCGGAGGCGUCAAAUACACCCAUUGAACAUCAAUUCAACCCUUACGGUGAUAAUGGUGGUACAAUCUUAGGUAUUGCGGGUGAAGAUUUCGCAGUGUUGGCGGGCGAUACAAGAAAUAUCACCGAUUACUCAAUUAAUUCUCGUUACGAACCGAAAGUCUUUGAUUGUGGUGACAAUAUAGUCAUGUCAGCGAACGGAUUUGCUGCGGAUGGUGACGCCCUAGUGAAAAGAUUUAAAAAUAGUGUAAAAUGGUAUCAUUUCGAUCACAACGAUAAAAAAUUAUCGAUAAAUUCUGCAGCCAGGAACAUUCAACAUCUUCUGUACGGGAAGAGGUUCUUCCCCUACUACGUUCAUACCAUCAUUGCGGGUCUUGACGAAAAUGGUAAGGGCGCCGUCUAUUCGUUCGACCCAGUUGGUUCCUAUGAAAGAGAACAGUGUAGAGCAGGUGGUGCUGCGGCAUCAUUAAUCAUGCCUUUCUUGGACAAUCAAGUUAAUUUCAAGAACCAAUAUGAGCCAGGUACAAACGGUAAAGUCAAAAAGCCUUUGAAAUACUUGUCUGUGGAAGAAGUCAUCAAACUGGUGAGAGAUUCGUUCACUUCAGCUACAGAAAGACAUAUACAAGUGGGUGAUGGACUGGAAAUCCUUAUUGUCACCAAGGAUGGUGUAAGGAAAGAAUUUUAUGAGCUAAAAAGAGAUUAA